CUCUUCAAGGUGAGAAGAAGAGGUUUGGUGAAACGUGUCGUACAGAUGCGUCGUAGUAUAACGCGAAUGCUCACUGGCAGUGACGUGUGUGUCAAACAAACCUAAGAAUUUCAUGUACGGUGGCGUUGGACUUAAAAUUUCGUCUCCAAAUUUGAAAAUCUGUGAUAUUAUAAAUUGACGUGUUGUAAAUUGAACGAAUAUCAACAAGAAAAAUGGAGAUACAUCAGUCAUUGAGAUUAGAUCGAUGUGUUGAUAUGAAACAAAGGAUUGAAAAACAUUUCAUGCACUUAAAAUCUCACAAAAUACAGGUUAAAAUGGAUAGAGCAUGGAUAUAAUUUUCAGUGUCAGAAGUACAGAAAACAAAAGUCAUUAGAGUUGAUGUUUGAUGAUAAAAAGACUUUUCAGUGUAAAGAAGAUAUUGGAGAUGAUUUCUUCAGUGACAUCACGGUAUUUGCUAAUAACGCUGCAUAUAGCUCUCCGGAUGCUGUCGAGUGUCAACUUACAAGGAGUACAGGACGAGAAGAGCACAUGUAACUUCACUUCAAUAGAAGAUUCUUGUCCACAGUCUGACUCCAGUAUUACCACAGAUGAGUUGUAUCAAGAAGCUACAGAAAUCUCAGAAUGCAUAAACAGACAAGAGCAUACACAGAUAACUCAAAACGAAGUAAAUAUGUUUGGAUCUCUGAAGUGCCUGAUCAGAGACAUUCAAAUGAACACUGAGAAUCUGACAGGGAAAUUUACAAAACUUAAUAAAAUAUUUCUAAAUGCAGAGUUGGAAAUAUCAAAUCAUAGCCAGAAGAGGCUUCAGCAAAUUAAAUGUUUUUAUUGUGUCAUUUAUGAACUGAAUUUUCUUUUAAAUUCCUAUUACUACUUAAAUACGUUAAAUUAUGAAAUAACUCGAAAACUUUUUAAUUUGCUUGUGUAUGUACAAAUAUCUGAAAAUGUGGCAAGUGUUAUGGAUAACAACUUAUUUGAAGCAGAAGCAUGGGAAGAUGUCUUUAUUAUUUUGACAAAUAAUACAUUUGAUUCAAAUGAGAUACGAACACAAGUUGAGAGAGUAACAAAUUAUAAGACAGCAGAAAAGAAAAUGGAAGUGAGUCGGGUAAAGCACUGUGGGUUUGGUAGCAAGUGCUUGCUGAGACCGAUACUGUGGAUCCUGUAUAUCAUUGCAGUUACUGCAAAUGGCCUUUUAAUAUUCAUUUUCAUUCGUCAUUGCGAGAUGAGGUCAGAAAGGAACAUAAUAAUACUUAACCUGGCAGUUGCUGAUAUUCUGGCAGUAUUGUGCAACGCGUUCUUCCAAAUUCUUUUCAUUUGCGGAAGAACAUUUGAGAGUGUGAAGAUAUAUUUCCGGAUAAUUGACUUAUCACUUGAAGUCACAACAGGCGUGUGUAUAUAUUCCAUUGUCGUUCUAAGUGUUCAGAGGUAUUUUGCAGUAUGUCCUACUCACAAGUGCAGUAAAUGCGGUCUCGCAAGGCGUUUUAACUCUAAAUUGUUCGUGUGUGUUUUGUGGGUCGCCGGUUGCGUGCCUCAAAUUAUACAAGUGACUUCUUACAUCAGUAUUCGCGCUUGGGCUAUGCGUAAUUUGAUUUUGUACUGUGUGAUACCAGUUAUUGCUAUGGCAACAUUCUACUUCAUGACGUCCUGGCGAUUGAGGCAAAGUGUGCUGAAGAUGCCGGGUGAGGCGACAUCUCAGGAAACAAUCCGACACGCCCGUGUGAGGAGUUCCAAUGUCCUCAUCUCCUUGAUUGCGGUGUUUUUUGUCAGUUACACCCCAAUACAGUUGUUCAGAUUUAUAGAAUUGUGGUUUUAUGGUGGAGGUUACCUCUUCGAUUAUGUUGACUUGAUAGCUUUCUCAAUGCUGUCUCUCAACUCUUGCUUCAACCCUGUGGCUUUGUACGUUGCCAGUGGAUCUUUCAGAAAGUAUUUUAACAGGUAUCUUUAUUAUAGCUGGAAGAAUCAUGAAGUCAGUCCAACCAGUUCAAAAACAAGCGUUCAGAAUAUUAAUGAGACAUGUGUAUUACAUUUUUAAAGCCUCAGAAUCUUGAUAGUGUGUUUAAAGCUACAAUAACUGUACAUUUGAAAAUGCAUGUAGUUAAAAUAAAUACAAACUUCACAAAA